GCGGAGGGGGAGGCAGGGUGGGCAAGAUGGCGCCCGGCGAGUGAUCUGUCCCGGAUUGCUCCAGCGGUCGCUGAGGCACCCAGGCGGGGGUUUCUGCCCCCACUUGCUGCCCUUCCUCCUCUCCCCGCCCCCGGAGCCCCAUCCUUCCCUUCCUCCCUCUACCUCGGGGGGUGGGGGGAGGCAGACCUGGUUCCCGGGACAGCAUGUCGGACUCUGAGGAGGAGAGCCAGGACCGGCAACUGAAAAUCGUCGUGCUGGGGGACGGCACCUCCGGGAAGACAUCCUUAGCUACGUGUUUUGCUCAAGAAACUUUUGGGAAACAGUACAAACAAACUAUAGGACUGGAUUUCUUUUUGAGAAGGAUAACAUUGCCAGGAAACUUGAAUGUUACUCUUCAAAUUUGCGAUAUAGGAGGGCAGACAAUAGGAGGCAAGAUGUUGGAUAAAUAUAUCCAUGGAGCACAGGGAAUCCUCUUGGUGUAUGACAUUACAAAUUAUCAGAGUUUUGAGAAUUUAGAAGACUGGUAUACUGUGGUGAAGAAAGUGAGCGAAGAGUCAGAAACUCAGCCACUGAUUGCCUUGGUGGGCAAUAAAAUUGAUUUGGAGCACAUGCGAACAGUAAAACCUGAAAAACACUUACGGUUUUGCCAGGAAAAUGGCUUUAGUAGCCACUUUGUCUCAGCAAAGACAGGAGACUCUGUCUUCCUGUGUUUUCAGAAAGUUGCUGCUGAAAUCCUUGGAAUCAAGUUAAACAAAGCAGAAAUAGAACAGUCACAGAGGGUGGUGAAGGCAGACAUUGUAAACUACAACCAGGAGCUCAUGCCAAGAACUGCCGACCCUCCUAGAAGCUCCGUGUGUGCUGUGCAGUGAAAGCGUCGUUUCCUGUGCUGAUAGCUCUGGCCGCCCUCCGCCUGGCCUGGGCGGAGCUCGGGGACUGGUGUUAUCAGUGAUCGUCUCUGCAGUCAGGUAGCACUUCCUCCCAGCUCGCUUCCUCGUCCCUGUUCCUUGCAGCCGCAGGCAGCUCCUCGGACUGGAAAGAAUUCCACUUCGGGACCACACACUUUGAGUUCAAAAUGGAAAGCCCGUUCUCUGGGCUUCGGCUGCUUCAUUGAAAAAGAAUAAUGUUGGUUCUCUUUAAUGUCCUCAGUUCUUUUUUUCCCAGAUGUCAAUUUUUUAGAACAAAUGUGGAAACUCUCCAAGUCUCGAUCACUAGUGGGGAUUUUGCCACAGCGAAGUUUCAUUCUCUCAUCUGAACUCACAUGGCUAAGUGUGCUUGAGUGCAGAUACUGAAACACGAAGUACGUUCUAUCCACAGACACUGAAGAAGGCAACCUUCUGUUAUCUAUUGUGAGAGGAAAUAUGUAAAGUUGUGUCUAACUGAAAAUGCUUGAAAUAAAGCUAAUAGAAAUAUAUUUUCCCACUUUUUAACAAAGGACCAAAUUGUUUAUACUGUCGCUGUAACUCACAGAGUGGCGAGUACUUGCUGGUGUAUUUGAUCACUGUCAUGGUCAUUGUGAGUUGUGGAAUGCUCAGGUCGACACGUUGUGAACUUUGAUCAGUGUCCAGCUGACACCCCACGAGGACUUGCUCCUGCAAACCGUGUCCAAGGAUGCCCAGGACGAGUGACAACUGUGGUUGGAUCAUUGUGGAUCAGACUUGUACCUGAUGUUCAGAUGUU